GCGUCGGAAGCUAGGAGUAUCGCACCUUCAGAUGCAGAAGGACAUGAGCAACUCUUUCCCGUCCACUAGUCAUGGUACAUUGGCUGAAGUUGUUGGCGCUACCAUCCCCGACCUUCAGGAUCAGCAGCUUCUCUUACAGAGGCACAGACAAGCAGUGAUGGAGGUUCGAACAGGAAACGAGACCGCCUACUAUGUUCCUCGGCGCGGCGCUGGCAUGGGCGACGGCAAUGCGCGUGAGCUGCUUGUGGGGUCGUUUGCGCGGCCGCUGGUGGGCUGGAACCGCGCGCCGCAGACCACUCACUCGGACUCCCUGCGGAUUGGCGAGACCGAGGUGCCGCUCAUUGAGGCGUCGACGCUGAUCGAGUGCCCGUGCGCCAAGCAGCUCAUUGACUUAUCUAUGAGAGACUGCGCUGGUGCUGUCUCUCGGACUCAUCCGCUUCCUGACGACAACCCGUUCCGUGCCGCGGCCCUCGCCUCCGCCUCCAACGCCUUCCUCAAUAACAAGUUAUCCGAGCAGGGGGGCUUCGCCCAGAACGCCGACAAAGAGGUGGUCCUCCCCGUCUUCGUGGGCUCUGGAGGGUACACUGCGACGAGGGCCGUCCUGUCUGGGACCAUCUUGAGGUUUCCUGGAGUUCCGCGGGCCCAGACGGAGUAUCUUGGGAGCGUUGAACAACUCACGGGGGGCUGCGGGGCUGAGAUCAGAGCUCGAGGGGAUGCGACCCGUUCGGCCCGGUGUAAGCUAGGUAGGUUCUGGAAGCAGCACGCGGCCCUCGAGCUUAAGCGCAUGGCCUUCUUGGGGGUUCUCCACAGCGCGGCCUACUCGGGCCUUGAGACGUACAUCUUAGGGAAAAUUGACUACAACAGGCUCGACAAGGUCAUCUUGGGGUUCGCUAAGGUGGCCCUACGUGGCGUCGCUCGUAGGGUGGAGAAGGAGAACAUGAACGAGUUAGGACACCUAUGGCUUGGAUGCUCCAUAGGCGCUUGCGCAUUGCAGAUGCACGUGCGGAGUUGCUGGUCAGACGCAUUCGAUACUGGCAGGACCUUGCGCGCUACCCUGAGGCAGUUCCUCGACCAGGGCCACUCGGUUAGGGACAUCUUUACCGAGUAUAGGAUCGCCACGGCGUUUGGCAGCAUCGACCCCAAGGGACUCCGCAGGGCCUACUGGGAGCACCUGGG